AUGCCGCCCCCUUCCACAUUUCUGGAGCGAAUCGUGUUCCAUUUCAAGUCCGACGAUGAUUUCCGCACCGCCACCGACGCAUUCUCCGCGUGCUUCGUCAUUUGCGCAACCGUAUCCCUCCUUGGCUCCGCCCACUUUUUCAUCGGGCUCCUCUCGGUGCCGCCGACGCUUUUGGCCGCUUUUCUGCUCGCACGACGAAGGCCCUACUUGAAUAAGCAGAUUCUGAUGCCCGCCGCAUUUCUCGGAUGUGUAAGUUAUUUUUUGAAAGCUCAGGCUUCUUGGACUUGGAUUGAAGUAGGACUAUUUGAGGCCAAAAAACCGGGUUUUAGCGAAAAUUAUGGCCUUUUCGGCCUCUUUUCCACAUAUCUCGGGACCGGAUGAUCGAAUCGGUCUGAAACUUGGACCCAACAUACUUCAAUCCAAGUCCAAGAAGCCUGCAAAAUUUGGGCCCGAUCGGAUCAUUGCGAGUAGGUCAAAAGUACAGCGGCCUCGGAAAGACAGUCAAUUUCUCUUCAUGAACGUGUUCUUCAUGACCCAUUACUUGCAAAAAGCAACUAAGAAAUUGCAAAAAAAUCUCGGCGUCACUACGAAAUCUGCUACUUUCGAGUGGCGUGCUGCAAGUGAAAAUCGAAUUCAUUUUGGUCUUAGACAGUGUGUUAAUCACUUUAAGAUUGAAAUCAUUCGAAAAUCUGUGUUAUUUCUCCAACGAAACACGCUGACUCACCCGAGUGCUAGAUAUUGAUGAUGUCAGAGGGACAAACCCCCUUUCCAACAACUUUUGAUCAUAAAAUCAUGAAAAUCGGUUUCAAUUCUAUCACUUAUAGGCUAUAAGUUAUAGCUUAAUCAAUCGCCACUCGAAAAUCACAGCUUUCAACUUGAAACAAUUGUUGAGCCUCUUCAGGCGGUGGCAAUCAGUUCGACGUACACGUUGGCGCACGAGGGAGAGCUCCUCGAGCACCUGUCCCGAUAUUUUCUCUUUUUGUUCCUCUUCCACUUCUCCGAAUUCGUCUUCACCGCGCUCUCGAAUCGUCGCUCGCUGCGUCCCGAUUCGUUUCUUCUGAAUCAUUCCGUCGGCUAUUGGAUGGCCGCCUCCGUCUCCUGGAUCGAAUUUUUACUCGAGGUACUUGAAGCGAUACCCGCAAAUCUGUUGCGAUAAACGAUGAAAUUUGAGGCCUACUUCUGUCCGUGGCUCAAAGAGUACCACAUUCUGUGGAUCGGCACGCUAGGAUGUGUGAUCGGAGAGAUUUUCCGAAAGUUGGCAAUGAUUCACGCCGGACUCGGUACAUCAAUAAUCGCCGAGAAUACGUGGGCGCGAAAAUGGCAUUGUUUGCAGGAUUCACGCACAAAUUGGCAAUGACGAAACGGUCGGACCAUCGGCUCGUCAAAGAGGGCGUCUACGCGUUCAUGAGACAUCCCGGAUACUUUGGUACGAGAAUUGCAACAUUUUGACCGAUUUUUAAAUUAAUCUUUGCAAAAAACACUACAUUUUCAGGCUGGUUUCUAUGGGCCGUCUCGACGCAAAUCGUGCUGUGCAAUCCGAUUUGUUUGCUCGUUUACGCCUACGUGACGUGGCACUUUUUCGCCGCGCGCAUUUACGACGAGGAGAAGGAUUUGAUCGCCUUCUUCGGCGAACCUUAUGUGGUAUGUUCUGAAAUUGUGUCAGUCGUUUAGAGAAUUGAAUUUACUAUCGAUCGAAAGAAAACUGACUAAAUUCUCCGUUUACCGUUGAGGCACGAUCUUUUUAGCGUGCAGAAGAUCAAUCAUCUUCUGAAUCGCAUUCGAAAAAAACAGAUUCCAAAAAAAAGACGACAUUCUUCCGCCAUAACACAAAACUAAAAUUUCUCUGGAAACUCGAUUGCAAUCUAAUUAGAAGAGUUUGCAAACUAAUAAGAAGAAGCUCUAUUUCGCAAUCUAAUCAGAAUUAAUUGAAGUUCACGGUCUCCCACGGCGUGAAUGAUUUCAAUGGGGCGCACUUGCAACAGGCGGGCUGUGUCGAUUUACGCGGCGGCCGAUUAAUUAAUUUUCAACGGAAGGCCGCGUUCUUUCCAUGUUUUCUGUACAAUACACCUAUUUUUUGUACGCCUGGAACCUGGAUUCGAAUAAUUAGAGCACUAGCUACGUUUUGGUAACAGAAAUCUCGCAUAUCGUUGAGAAUUAGCCGACUAAUUUCGAUUUGAAGGUUUUGGCCUGGAUUUUGAUGUUUUUCGAAUAGUUUUCGAAAACUGCUCAAGAAAACUAACCGCCGGAACCUGAAUUUUGUGAAGAACGAUUCAGCGAACAUUUUUAUCGUUCGUUGGGCUCAUGAAAUGCAAAAUGAGCUGAAAUAUAAAGGUUUGAAGUUUUGACGAAAUGCGAAAAAGACGCUAAAAACAUGAAAAACUCGAAAUUCGGUAAAGAACGGUUUCCAAUCAGUAAAAUAUUGUUUUCUAGACGUUUUUCAAGUCAAAAAGAUAGAAAUAAAGGUCGUAAACUCGAAUUGAACUCCAUUUUUAGACUAGCAAAUUUUCAAAAGUUACAACGACACUCCGCAAUUUACGAGCGCACUGUGUUUAGCAUUAGCGCCCUGGGAGACCGUGUUACUGAUCUAAACGCGACCUAAUUAGAUUCGACUGUUUUUUCUUGGCGCAAUCAAGAUUUGAGCCAACAGACGGUUGGCGUGAAACUUUAUUUAAGUACUUAUUAAUCUAGCUAGACAAUUUUUUAAUCUAAUAAGGUGUCAUAUCAAUCUUUUUAGGCCGCCGUUGGAUUAAUAACGAAAUGCCAGAGCAGUGAAGAUUUUCGGACCGUUUUUUCGUUCAAUCGAUAGACAAUUUCAUUCUCUAAACGACUGCCAUUCAAAAAUUCGUUUAUCUCUUCUAUUUUUCAGGAAUACCAACAGCACGUGUGGGUGGGCGUACCAUUCGUCACCGGAUAUCAACGACCGUGA